ACAAAUCCUGUGUAACAUCAUAACUCCCAGCUGGAUGGAGUCCUGGCCAGCUGACGGCUCCUCACAGCAGAGGAGAGAGAGAGCGACAGAGCUCUCAUUAACGGGCAAGGAGCGGAGAGGAGAGGAGAGGAGAAGAGCUCUCCAUCGUCAUGGAGUAGCACGACAAGAACGAAUAAUAAUAAGAAAAAGAAAAAAAUAGCUUCUUGCCCGAAAAAAGACAUACUGUCGCUUCACAGCUGACAUGUUCCAACAUAGAAGAAACUAAAUUAUUCGCCCCGACAACAAAUAAAAACGGUUUGUCGGAGACACCCUUGAAGGUUGCAGUUCAUCUGUGGUGAUUUUCCUCACAAGAGAGAGAGAGAGAGAAUUGUCCAAGAUGUCCACGGAGGAGAUGCUGGCUGAGAUCACGCGCCUCACCUGCGAGCUGCACGAGACCACGCGCGAGAAGAUCCAGGCGGCGGAGUACGGGCUCGCGGUGCUGGAGGAGAAGCAGGCGCUCAAGCAGCAGUACGACGAGCUGGAGAGCGAAUAUGACAGCGUCCGACAAGAACUGGACCAGCUUAGAGAGGCGUUCGGACAGGCUCACUCCAACCAGAGGAAAGUGGCAGCCGAUGGUGAGAGUCGGGAGGAAUCUCUGCUCCAGGAGUCGGCAUGUAAGGAGGCGUACUACGAGCAGCGUGUGCAGGAGCUACAGACCGAGCUCAGGCAGGCUCGUAACACCCUCACCAACACACAGUCAGAGAACGAGCGCCUGUCCACCAUCACCCAGGAGCUCAGGGAGAACAGUCAGAUGGUGGAGCUGCAGAGGUCCCGACUCCGUGAUGACAUCAAGGAGUACAAAUUCCGCGAGGCUCGUCUACUGCAGGACUACAGUGAGCUGGAGGAGGAAAACAUUGCACUGCAGAAACAUGUGUCUGUGCUCAAACAGAGCCAGGUGGAGUUUGAGGGCCUGAAGCACGAGAUUCGUCGCCUGGAGGAGGACACGCAGUUCCUGAACAGCCAGUUGGAAGAUGCCAUCCGUCUGAAGGAGAUAGCCGAGAAACAGCUUGGAGAAGCUCUGGAAACCAUCAAGACUGAGAGGGAGCAGAAGGCGGCUAUGAGGAAGGAACUGUCCCAGUAUAUGAACAUCGGGGACUCCAUGUACCACAAUUCCUUGAGCAUCUCUCUGGAUGGGUUGAAGUUCAGCGAAGAUGUGAUGAUCGAGCCCAACAACGACGACCCCAUACACGGCUAUGAAAACGGCUUUGACAAGAUCCCUGAUGCUGAAGAUAACCGGAUGUCCACGCCCAAAAAGGACCAGCUGUUCCAUCCAGCCCCUAGCCUAGUGGAAGACCUGCUGAGUGAACUCAACCUCUCCGAAAUCCAGAAGCUUAAACAACAACUUGUGCAGGUGGAGCGGGAGAAGGUGACAUUGCUGUCAACAUUGCAGGAUUCACAAAAGCAGCUGGAGCAGGCCCACGGGGCUCUGUCAGAGGAGCACGAGAAGGUGAGCCGCCUCACUGAGAAUCUGAAUGCCAUGCGCAAGCUUCACGCCAGCAAGGAGCGCCAGUCAGCCCUGGACAACGAGAAGGAACGUGACAGCAAUGAGGACAGCGACUACUAUGAGGUGGACAUCAACGGGCCCGAGAUCCUGGAGUGCAAGUACAAGGUUGCUGUUUCCGAAGUGGGUCACCUGAAAGAGGAGCUGAAAACCCUGAAGUCUGAAUACUCUGCUUGCCGGUCGCGGCUUGAGGACGAGCGUAGCCGAUUGGAGAGCCAGGUGGCGUCGCUCCGCUCUGAGCUGAGCACCCUGGAGUGCAGCAGCCGUGCAGAGCGUGAGCAGCUGGCACGGAUGGAGAAAGAGUUACGCCGGGCCAGUGAGGCAGCCGGUGAGAGCCAGGGAAGCCUGAGCGUGGCACAAGACGAGCUGGCCACGUUCAGUGAGGAGCUCGCCAACCUUUACCACCAUGUUUGCAUGUGCAACAAUGAGACGCCCAGCCGUGUCAUGCUCGACUUCUACCGCGAGGGCAAAGCCAACGCUGGCACCAACAGCAGCAAUCGGGGCAGUCCUGAGGGCCGUGGCCGUCGUUCACCCAUCCUGCUGACGCGUGGCCUCUUCCCCACCCCUGAGGCAGAAUCUCCAUCCCCCGUCUCUUCCCCAGUGGCUGACCCACGCAAGGAACCAAUGAACAUCUACAACUUAGUGGCCAUCAUCCGUGACCAGAUCAGACACCUGCAACUGGCCGUGGACCGCAGCACAGAGCUGUCUCGUCAGCGCCUGGCCUCUGCCGAGCUUGGUCCCUCCGCUGACCGUGACCACGAGGCCAGUGUGGAAGAGAUCCUUAAGCUCAAGUCUCUUCUCAGCACCAAGAGAGAGCAGAUCGCCACCUUGAGAACUGUCCUUAAAGCCAACAAACAGACUGCUGAGGUGGCACUGGCCAACCUGAAGAGCAAAUACGAGAAUGAGAAGGCCAUGGUGACUGAGACGAUGAUGAAGCUACGCAAUGAGCUCAAAGCCCUGAAGGAGGAUGCUGCCACCUUCUCCUCCCUUAGAGCCAUGUUUGCCACCCGCUGUGACGAGUACGUCACUCAGCUGGACGAGAUGCAGAGGCAGCUGGCAGCGGCUGAGGAUGAGAAGAAGACCCUGAACUCUCUCCUACGCAUGGCCAUCCAGCAGAAGCUGGCCCUCACGCAGCGUCUAGAAGAUCUCGAGUUCGACAACGAGCAGACGCGCCGAGGUGGAGCCAGCAGCAGGACCAAGUCCGCCUCCUCCCGAGCCAAGGCCGCUCACAACCCUACGCAGUCACAUGUAAGUCCACCCCUCGCUGCCACCUGCGGGGGUCGCGGCGAGCCCAACGGCCUCCUGGGAACGCCAGUUGUGUUCUGCAGCGAAAAGUACAAGAUCUACUGCGAAUAAAAGUGUGGCAUGUUUUAAACAGCGCUUAUCAGUGUACAAAGCCCCACUCACAUGUGCUCUAUCGCUCGCUAUUUGCUGUAUGCUGUGUAUCUUUAUGCCUUAUGGUUAUGCCUACCAGUGUGAUAGUAGCUAGGUGAAAGAUGGUUAAUAUGAUAGCUGCCAUUCAUGUGUUUUGCAGAGGGCAGUUUGCUUCCUUCUGUACUCACGGUGCUGUAUUUUAAGUGGCAGCUCCAUAUCUGAGUGUAUGUUAGCACGCAUGGAGUUUUCCUGACCACUAGUAAUGCGAUGGCGUCGUGUUGUGGUCAUGACGUAUACCUAGCUGCCGUCUGCACCUUGGUAGAUAUCCUUCCCCUUUUCCCUUUCUCUAACGCAUCUUCCUGCCCUCUUAUUCUUCCCCCUCUCUCUCUCCUGCCUCGGAAAACCAUUCUUCUAACCUGGCAGCCCGUUGUCUAAUCAGGUGACUAAUGUUUACAUUGUAUACAUAUAAACAUUUUAAUAUGCAAAUCCCCCACUUCUAACAGUAGGUGGAGGGCCUCUGGUGUUCUGAAGUGAAAAAAAAGAGAAAGCAAAACAACGGGUUACUAAUAUUUAGGAGCGUUUUCUGCUCUGUCUUGAUCAAUUGGAGGUGAGCAGGAGUGGGAUGUUAUGAUCAUUAUUAUUAUUAUUAUUAUUAUUAUUAUUAUUAUUAUUAUUUCAAAAUGGCGAGCUUUUGGCCAAGACCCAAAUAGCUAAUUGUUUGCAUGCAAUUUGCUAUAUUCUUGGCUGCAAAAAUGUGUAUACUACAUAGUGUCCUAGAUGUCUCCACCUCGAGCACACGUAUAAACAGGGCUCUACAUGAGGGGAUAAUUAUUACAGAGGAGCGUUUCCUCUCUCUCCAUAGGUCCGUCCCCUAAACAUGGAGAGAGUCCUUCAUAGCCAUAUCACUGGAGCAUAAAGGAGGAGGGGAAAAUCAGCUCACUCCCUCAAAUUCAAGUGCACUUCUGCUAGGGGACUCAGGUUCCACAUUUUGCCACACAAAAAGGCAGAUUUUAAUCUGAUCUGAUUGGUGAAAAGAAAAAAAAAACACCUUUUGAUUGGUGAUGAUUCAACUUGAUUCAACAAAAAGAGCACAAAACACAAGGCACACUCAUUACGAUGCCGAAUGAUAAACGAAGAGUGACAAGAAACAUCACCAUGGAAAAGUGCCUGUCUUCUGCUUUUAUUGGCAACUGUCCAUUUCUCAGUGUAAAGCCCUGUCCUUUAUGUCUGAAAGCUAGUGCUAAUCUCUGUCAUCAUUCUGUCUCACCCCAGUGCUUGUGUGCGAGUGUGUAUUAGCUUGUGUGUGUGAGCGAAUCCUCUCAUAUCGAACACCUUUCCCUUGCUUCUCCUAACAUCAUUCUCCAUGUAGAUUGUCAGCAGCUUGCUCCCUCUGCCUCACCACUUUCCCUUUAAAUAUCACCAAGAAAACUUCCCAUAACAUUGUCAUAUCUUGAUGCACACUCCUCUCCAGUGAACUUCAGUAAUGUGCUGAAGUUGCAUGUCGAGGAAACAAACAAGCCGUGUUUAGUGUUCUAGUUUGUGCACAAGCUGAAUACUUCCACGGCAUCACAUCACUUCAAGUAGUUUUGUUAGAAUAAACAAAAUAAAGCUUUAAAAUAGCAAGCGAAUGCUAGGGAAAUUUAAAAAAAAAAAAGUGUGGGGCUUGUAGUUAUCUUAAACCUAUGCUGGCGAUGAAAACCUUUUUUUUUUUUUUAAUAAGCUUUAUUAGCCUAAAAGCAGGGUUGAGGACGGUUGAGGAAAAGUCAAAAUGAUUAGGUAUUAUAUAUUCGUAAAGAAAUACUAUUCAGGUAAAAAACCUUCCCAGGCCAGCUUCCUCCUAACCAGAGGAAGUGCAUGUGUGUGAGUGUGUGUUUGCGAAUCUGUGGAAGAGGCGAAGACCUCAGUCCUCAACUCUGCUUCUGCCUGUGCUGCAUUUAAAGCCCUCGUUAGGCCUUUAGAUAACGUACUGUAUUAAAGAGACGCAAAGCUAUCGCUCUCAUCUUUCUCACACACUCAUGUGAAACACAGCUUGGAUCUGACCACUCUUUUCUGUUCCUUCAUGCAUCCUGUAAGCAACGAGUGAAGGCUUAAGAUGGAGUCUUAGACUUUUUUAAAAGCUUUUAUGAUACAAGCAGAGAUUAGAUAGUUAGAGUAAAAGGGCAAAAAUGGGUGGAACCGGUGAAUUAUUCUUUAAAAUUUUAUACUUUUUUUUUGUUAUACACUCAGAGACCAUUUAUUCGAAUUAUGUUUGUCACAUUUAACUCAGUGUAGUGUUCUAAUUACUAAUGAUGUAUGAUCAGUGUUGUCAGUCUGAGGAACUUCUUCCUAUAACUCUGGUUCCUCACGGGCUGGCACCACAUUAAAACACACAUCUGGCUUUCUACUAACAUGCAUGACAUCUGGGAACUCACCUCAGUGAUUCUUUAUCAUCAUUUAAGGACACGACCGUUAGGUGGAGUUUUAACAGGAGAUAGGCGGGGUUUUAAUACUUGUGAACCAGUGGCUUUCCUGCGCUUGCUAUUUUUCCAAACUAAACGUUCUGAGAAACAUUCCAAACUAAAUGUCUGAAAUGUUCCUCUUUUUGAAAAUAAGUCAACAAACACCAGCUACGUUCGUUUUCUGGUGACUAACCUGCUAAUACUCUUGCUUCUACUUCAUUUUGGCCGACCAGUCAGACUUUUUUCCAUCUGCACUACUUGUGGGCAUUUAUUGAACUGCAUUCUGGCAGCAUGCCUCUGAUUUAUUCAUUUAAACUCUUCUAAAAUUCAACAUUCUAAUAUCUAUUAUUUCUUUGUUUUCAUUUUGCAGUAAAGUUCAGCCCCUAGUUGAGCGGGGAAGUCGCCAUUCCAUCAUGCUGAUAAAAUCACUCUGCUUUUAGCCCAAAGGAAAUCCACUGGAAGACAAAAAUAUCUGAUUUUAUAAUUUUUUUUUUUUUAACAACCUGUUAAUUCUCACAGGAAAUAUUUGACAAAUGAGUAUGAACUAAAUUUAACAUGGUUAAAAUAGCAUCAUGUUAUUAUAUAUAUAUAUAUAUAUCUUUUUUAGUUCAAUAGGAAGCCAGUGCUCACAAAUAUUUAAACUCCGCCUACGAAUUUAGAUUCUGAGUCACUCUAAAUUAGAAAACAAAGAAAGGUGUUAAACAGGAACUAUCCUACAAUGAGUAGUUAUCUUUUGUUUUGUAAACUGUGCACUUUUAAUAUAGGUAUAUUGCUUUCUUUAUUAAUCUAGGGUUAGGUUUGUAGUGCUUUGGUUUGUGAGUCAGUUCAAGUAUACCGUAUACUACACAUAUAUAUUGAUAGUAACAGUUUUUUUUUUUUCCAUAUAUGCACUCUGUAUGCAAAGAACAGAGAUCAACUCACAUAUCCAAAACUACUCACACUGCAAACCAGUCCUAUUGUAUUCUGUGAAAUGAAUCCAUGAGCAUUUUAUCAUUUAUAUUUUUUAUAAUCACUUGAUCAUUUAAAAUACGUCGUUUUUCAUGUUUGUUCUACUGCCAUAUUCUAAAACAAAAUCCCGGGUGGUCAGAUGCUGGGCUUUUUUGUCUAUUUAUUAUUCUUAGGAAUAGUUCAAAGUGAACAUGGAGAAACUUGAUGAUAUUUUUGGCUUAACACAGUAAAGCGUGCUUCACAAAGAACAAAAUCUACAACAGACAUUGUGGAAUUUUUUGGUCUUCUAGCACCGCUUUACUCAAGCUUUCUAUGGAUCGCUGAUUUCACGAAUUCUCUGCAAGCGUAAAAAUUAAUUCCAAAUUGGAAUGGUCUCAUUCUCUCUUCGUUUAUCGUGCCAAGUCUCGGUACACUGUUUUAAGUUUGAUACGAGAAAAAAAAAACAGAAUGGAGAUCAGAAAGAAGAGAAUUACUCUGGUGGGUAUGAUUUUUGAAUUGCUCCCACUUUCAUGCCCUCCAUUUGAGUUGUUUUUUUUUUUUUUUUUUUUUUUUUUUUUGGUUUGUUUUGCUCUUCGUUCUGACCAGUAGUGCCUUUCAUUAUUUCAAGAGAGAAUUAUAGUCUAGGUUUUAGUUUUUUGUAGUUGUUUCCCUCUCCUGAAGGCAAGAGGAUUGACCAGGAUUUCUUCCUUCAGAGGAUGCUUAGAAGCAGCAAUAAGUGCAAAAGACACACAAUCAGUUUUGUGAGCGUGUGUUUUGUUAGACAUUAGGUAAAUGAAAUUGCAGGGAAUUCUUGAGAUCAGUGACCCUAUUAGCAAAUUCAGGGGUUUUAGCAAAAGGUCUUUUUUUAAAAUCAAGUGAUGGGAAUCAGAAUUAAUCCUAUUUGCCUCAUAAUGAACAAAAAAAUGACAGACGCUGCACAUUUGUGUGGCGUUUGCAGGUGGAGACUGGUGUAUCUAUAGCUUUGUUUGGUGAAGGUAAAGUGGUAUUGAUAGUAUUGUUGACAAAUGAGUGAACUCGUGUCCUCUUUUUGUCUAAUUUAUGUUUGCUGUUUUUUUUUUUGUUUUUGUUUUUGUUUUUUGUUUUAACAUUCUUUAAGCAUUGUGAUUUCAGGAAACAGAAAACACUUUGCAUCAACAAGCUCGAAUAGUGCCAUGAAAGUCACAAUUGGUUUGUUGAGGCGUUAAAAACCCAAUUAAUAUGUUUGGGAAGUGAGCAAAAAAAAAAAAAAAGGUCAAUUAAGUGCAAUUCAAACUGCUGAUUUACAAAGCAAAUGAGCUUUUCUGUUUGCUGGAAGCGAUAGUGUUGUGUUAUUCAGCUAGCUGAUAACUUUAUACAGUCAUAUUGUGUUCAGUAUUGAUCCGCGAGGAGAGUUUGAUACCUUUAUAUAAAAUAAUGACUUCAUCCAUAUGUUGGUAUUUAUUUGAAAUGUUUUACAGUACUGUUAUCAAUAAUGUGCAUUAUGAUUGAUUAGUGGUGGAAAAACGUCAUAUGCAUGUAAUUCUUCAGCCAUGGAACUUUUACACAGAACGGAAAACAAACCACUUGAAACAGGCUCUAAAUGAAAAAGAGGGGGGAAGAAGAAUUAAAUUGAUAAAAGAAAUGUGUUUAGCUAUUAAGUGAUGUAUUACCACUGAACUAACCAAGAAAAAGUGUUGUUUUGUUUUCCUUAGAGGGAUACUCGUCUGUGUAAAGGUAGUCAUGCUGGUUAAAAAAAAUCAAUAAAAAGGACUAAAAUAUU